AUGCCUCCGAUGCGUCCCCAUACCAAGUCUCGGACAGGCUGCACCAAUUGCAAGCGCCGUAAAGUCAAGUGUGAUGAAGGACGGCCGGAAUGCUUCAACUGCAAGCGCCACGGCGUGACAUGCAGCCUCUCGUCCAACGUCGACAUCGGUAGUCCCAAGCGAUCGAAAUUAAUUCCCACGCAGCCUAACAUCCUCCCUGUCUCACCGUUACCCUCAGAGACACUUGAGUCGAGCGUCUCUACUCCUCGGCAUCAUCCUCUUGACCCUCCCGACGCAACAGCCAGCCACAUCGCCCCUUUGCCCCUGGACGACAUCUCCAGCCGGACUUUCGAACUCGUGCAUCACUACAGCACCAUCACAGCAGAUACGCUCUCCAUCCGCCAGGACAUCCGUUACGUGUGGGGAGUCGCCAUUCCCAGAGAGGGCUACAAAAGCACCUACGUCCGCCAUGGUAUCCUCGCCAUGGCUGCCGCCCACAAGGCGUACCUCGCCACCAGCGGCCGAGAGACCUACCUCGCCUUGGCAGACUACCACCAGACAGUGGGCUCAGAGGGCUUCCGGCAUGCGCUGGGAAACAUCACGCGCGACACCUGGUCUCCCAUCUUCAGCUUCUCUUCUCUCGCCAUCUCGUAUCUCUUGACGCUCCCCAUCCGCUGCGAAGAUAUGUACAUCGACGAGCCCGUCUCCCGGUUCCUUGAGCUCAUGGGCCUCGUCCGCGGAAUGAGGACCGCCCUACACACUAUCGUCCCUGGCGUGCUCAGGACCGAAUUCGCCCCCUUAGUGUAUGGCGUGUUCCCCGGCUCGGAGAGCGGCCCUCCCCCAGGACACCCCUCCUUGGAACACUGCCCCCUCCCCCACGAUACCUACGACGCCAUCGCCAAACUCCAAUCCUUCCACGAGCAGGACCUCCCCGCCGCCAGCCAGGCAGACUACCGCUCCGCCAUCGCUCACUUCAUCGAGACAGUCGAGCGCAUCGCCGUCGCGGGCGCGCACUACGAGUGCGGCGCCGUCCUCGUCUGGCCGUACCAGGUUGAGACGAGCCUGCUGGCCGAUCUGAAGGCGCGAAGGCCGCACGGCCUGCUUGUCCUGGCGUAUUACUGCGUGUUCCUCGCGUUGCUAGAGAAGCCGUAUUGGUUCUCGAGGGGGUGGAGCAGGCAGCUGAUGGGGGAGAUUGAGACGAGCUUCGCGGGGCAGCCCAUGUUCUUGGAUAUGCUGAAGUGGCCGAAGAGGAGUGUUGAUGCCCUGCGGGUGGUAUGA